AUGUCCGAACGCGUCAGCACCCGCUCCUCUAACGCAGAGAAGCAUCCCGGCUUGGCUCACCUUGCACUGAACCGCAGGAGUGCGGACGAAAUAGCGCUCGAGAAAGCCCAGAAGCGAGCGACACAGGAAGCCGCCGAUAAGAAGAAGAAGAAGAGCCAAGAACGGCUCGCCGAUGCUGAGAGUAAGUUAGCUGAGCAACAGAAGGCAAAGGCUAUGCGCGCACCGAAGGCACCGGCGAGGCCAAGCCAUUCUCGGCGGCUGCCCAAUGUUCCGCAAGACGAUGGCGACGAGCCUGUAGCUGACGAGACUGAAGUUGCUGAGGCUCCCAGGAAGGCGCAGAGCACUGCUAUCAAGAAACGAUCUGUGAACGGAGGCAAAGGUGCGGGCAGUGCUAAACAGCUAGCCCAAGUUGCAAAGCCCAAGCAAAGUGUCGCCGCAAGGUCGACGUUCAGGAGCGGGGUGGAGGAGUUGAAGAUGGGAGGCAGCCGUGAGGUGCCAGCAGUUUCACCUUCCUUCCCAUCCCCCGUCAUGCUGUUGUACCUGACCGAAUCAACUCUGUAUUUUCACGACAACGCCAUCCGACAAUUCAGCCGCCCUGUUUCCUUUAAGUCAGUCGUCAAGAAAUGGUCCUCGGACAUCCCUCGCUCUGCUCCUCCGUCGGUUGUCUCAUCUCAAUCCCACGCCACGAGCCGAAACGCGGCCAGCACAGUCUCAUCUGUUGCUGGUGCCCGGGCUGUCGAUGCCACUGGUGCAUCAGCCAUAGGGGAGCAUGUAGAAUCACUGGGCCUCUCUGAUGACAACAACGAGAACAUCGCCCGUGAGCGCCAGAGUCUCAACAAGGCCAGCGCCCAGGAUGACAAUAUCCUCGACAUUGCUCACGCAUCGAGCGACCUUCCGGAGAUGGCAGAGAUGGUGGAGAUGGAGGAGGAGGAGGCUCGCUCCAAGCAGACGUCCAACAAGCGAACCCAUUUGGAUAUCAAAGAGGACGAACACAAGGUACUCCCUCCCUCGGAUGGAGAACAGGCCCCUUCUUCCGAGGGUAUCCCGUGGAUGCCCGAGGAUCAACUUUCAGAUCAGGUCGAACAGGAGAGGCUCAUGGACCGGUACUUGACCGCCAUGGCGCCCUUCAUGGAGUCGGGCCUCCCCUCGCAGUACAACAGUACUAAUGAGCCUGACCCCGAGCCUGUGUCUCGCACUACUCUGUCGACGGAUGUUGCUAUCAUUGAGAACGCUGGAGUCUCUGACACCACUAGUGCUUGCCCCACCAAUACCAAGUCUGUCCAUGCUGCUGGUACCGAGACCGCUCGUGCCGCCAAUACCAAGACUGCCCGCACUGUCAACACCAAAACCGCUCGCGCCGCUGACAGUAAAAACGCUCACGCUGCCAAGAGCGCCAAGAUGGUGCCGGCCACGAAGUCUCGAGGGAAGAAGGGAAAGCCCUCUGACGCUGCGGCUGCGGCUGCCGUCCCCACUCCCAUCCCCGCUCCCGCCCCUGCUUCUUCCAAGGCAAAGAAACCUCCCUCGAAAUGGGUCAAGGAGGAUCUUCCUUCUUACUGCAAUGUUAAGAGCCUGUGGACGUUUGUUUUCAUUCCGACAUUCCUAGCCUGGCUUGGUACCCAGCGGGCCGUUUGGAGGCCGAGCUCUGCGUCAGUCCUUGAGGCUAUGAAAGAGAUCUGGGAGGUUGUUUACGACCAGGAGAUGCCGGAAGAGCAGGACACGGUAGAGGGAGCUGCCUUUGGCUUGUGCAAGCAGAAGGCGAACGACUGGCGGGCUAACUUCGGCUCCACCGCCAUUGCCGUCCUCCUCAACAACUUCGUUGAGCAAGACAUGUAUGGUCAAGACGGCUCCGAGGAGGAUCGCAAGUGGUACGCCGAGGGCCUCCUGUGCGAGUCUGCCUUCAUGCAUGAGGAGGUUGCCGACAAUGGCACGUUUGUCAACCCUCUUUGCGGCAAGUUCAUGGGCAACAUCAUCGCGACACACUAUUUGUCAACGCAGGGCUACGUUGAGGUGCCCAAUUUGGAUGAACUCGCGGGUCUAUAUGCUCCAUGGGGCGCGAUCACGCUCGCCAUCACCGCGGGCGAACACGUGUGCUCGCUUGCCAAGGACGGUAAGCUUGGCUCAAUUGAGCAUAUCCUUCAGGACCUUGCCAACUUCGAGGCAGCUGGCCGCCACGGGACCUCCAUCACCCGGGCAAAGGCGCUCAUGAGUGCCAAUAAGGACGAUCGCUUGGAGCUGAACGGAAGGACCGGGAAGCAGUCAACAACCAUCCUCAACUUCUCGGAGCAGAACUGGUCGUCGGCCUCGUCCGCAUACUGGAUGUCGGUUAGGGCUGCUGAGCCUGAGGUAAUGGUCUUGGCCUUCGACGCCUCAGCGCCAUAUUCUAACAAGGUCAAGUGA